AUGCAGAAUGACGUGGGCUACACAGUCUACCUCAUCAGGAGUCAGCAGAAAGAGGAGGCAGCAGGAGUCGUGGUGCCGGAAAGACACAGCAAGGACAGCCUCCAGUCCUUCAUCAGCUACGCCCUCAGCUUCCGGGAGAUCGCUGCUCUCCUCCAGUACGAGGCUCAGAGACCAGCUGCUCCAACACCACUCUGUGAAGACGAGCAGCUGGUGGACUUCGGAGCCCGUGCCAGCAGCACCUGGAGGCAGGUGUGGGACAGCAGGGAGGAUGGCUAUGCAGCCUUCAUCCUCAAGAGAAAGUGUGCUCCAGGGACCAGGAUGUUCAAGCUGCAGCAGUACCUGCAGAGGAAGCAGCAGCAGCUGUCUGCCUCUGUCCCGUCCUCUGCCCCUUCUGAUGGGUCAUUGGUUAUGGCUGAGGACGAAGAGCUGGAGAAGGCUAUGCUCAGCAUGUCGCCAACAAAAAGAGUGGAUAUGACAGUGUUUGUGCCAGCACCAGCCCCUACAAAGCGCCAGCAGCCCUCGGGUUCACAGAGAAGUUCACUGGCGUCCAAAGGCCCAUUUGGGACACCUGCACAGUCCACACGGCCUGCGACAUGUCAUGACGCUGCUCCUGCUGCAGGGGCCUCUAAAGUUACCGUGCCCCUUCCAAAGGAGCUGAUGUUUCUCCUGCCACAGUCUGGAAGUGCUCCAGCUGUUUCAGCUUUAGAGGCUGCAUCCUCUCCUGCAGCAUCCACAGAGCCUGCUCCAACUGCAGAGAUAAGUAAGAGUGAGCCCUCCAUCAGUGCAGCCUCCAGCCCAGCCCACAGCUGCCAUCCACAGGCCUGCUCUUCCUCCACCUCAGCUGUUUCCUCUGGAGCAGGAGGUAAAGCAAUGGGCCUGCUCUCACCAGCAGAGGACAUGGAUGAAGCUGGAGCUGGAGUCCAUGGGUCUUUGGCCUGGUUCCCGCCCUGUCAGCAACCCUAUGAAGACCUUUUCUCUGUGGCGCCUCCCCCCCCAGCCUGA